UUCAGCACAUCACUACGGUUCAAUUGCUAUGGAGCGAAUCUCGAGAUUGUUUUGGCCGGUAGUUGUAGUACCUAAAAAUGCAGUUGUUAAAAACGUGGAAGGAGUAUCCAGAAGCCAGAAGCUUUUAACCGAAUUGGGUUUUGUUAAGCCAGCACAUAAUGGCACCUAUCAGCUCAUGCCCAUGGCGCAGCGUGUGCUUGACAAGUGUGCCGAUUUGGUGCGUCGGCGUAUGAGAUCUGUGGGUGGACAACAAAUAUCAAUGCCGGUGUUGACGCCCUCGGAACUUUGGAAGAAGUCCGGGCGGUUAGAUGGUGAUAUAACCGAGUUCUUCUUAUUGGAGGAUCGGCACAAAAAACAAUUUAUCUUGAGCCCUACGCACGAAGAAGCAGUAACCGGUAUGUUGGCAUCUAUUGCACCGAUUUCUCAUAAACAAUUGCCCUUACGUCUAUUCCAAAUCGGACCGAAGUUUCGAGACGAAUUGAAACCUCGCUUUGGCUUGAUACGAUCAAAGGAGUUCAUUAUGAAGGAUUUAUAUACGUUUGACCGUAAUGCCGCUACAGCUUUGGAGACAUACAACCAGCUGACUGUCGCAUACGACGCAUUAUUUCAGCAACUGGAGGUGCCAUUUGUAAAAGUUAAAGCUGCUACUGGCAUGAUGGGAGGCAGUUUGUCACACGAAUACCAUUACCUCGCUAACUCUGGCGAGGACCAGCUUAUAAAAUGCAACACUUGUGACUAUGCAGCGAAUGUUGAAACAACAGGAGAAACAAAUGAUAGCAAAAUCUGUCCAUUCUGCAAUUCCCCUGAAGUUCAACGAGUACGAGGAAUAGAAGUGGGCCACACGUUUGUACUUAAUGAUAAGUAUUCUCGACCGCUGAAAGCGACAUUUCUGCAAGAGAACGGAAAACCAGAAUAUCUUGUUAUGGGCUGUUAUGGUAUUGGCAUCAGCCGACUAGUAGCAGCUGCGGUAGAAGUUCUUUCAACGGAAAGAGAACUGCAUUGGCCUACGCUUCUGGCUCCUUUCGAUCUGUGUAUCAUAGGUGCAAAACAGGGCAGCAAAGAAGAGAAGGUAGCUCAUGAAAUAGAACAUCAGUUCUGCCUUUCGCUCAACGGGGUUUGUUCUGACGAGGAGGUGCUCAUUGAUGACCGAAACUAUUUGACAAUUGGAAAGAGGCUUAUGGAAGCCAAAAAAAUGGGUUAUCCCAUAAUCGUUGUGAUCAGCGGCAAAUCAGAUGGUACAGCGCCAAAGUUAGAGCUACAUUUGAAGCAUGCUACAAUGGAAGUUGAGCUAAGUGAAGCACUGUCUGUAAUUUCCCAAUACACGAGACGUAAACAGAAGCUGUACAGCAUAAUCUCGGAAUCUAGCCAAAGUCUUAAUAUAAAUAAAGCAUCGUUUGGUUAACAACUCUUA